AAACUUACACUCUCUGUUAAAAACCACAAUCAUUCCAUCAAUUCCAUUAUCCUCCAAUUCUAGCCACCAAAAAAAUGGCAUUAGCCAAUUUACUUCUCAUUCUCUUGAUGUUACCUUCAUUUGAAGCUAUAACUGAUGCAACCCCUUCGACAGAACAGAACUUAACCACUCAACCAUUGAUCAUCCAAGCUUGUAUAGGCGUUGAUAACCAUGAUUUAUGCCUCUCAAAUAUACAAGCUGAGCUUCAAAGCUUAGGGCCUCAAACCCCAUCAUCAGUUUUACAUGCUGCUCUCAGGGCCUCUCUUAACGAAGCACGACAAGCCAUUGAAACGAUGACAAAGUUCACUGGUUUGUCUGUCAGUUAUCGUGAACAAAUAGCGAUUGAGGACUGCCAGGAACUCCUGGAUUUCUCUGUUUCAGAGUUGGCCUGGUCUUUAGCUGAGAUGAAAAAGAUUCGUGAUGGCGAUAGAAAUGCUCAAUACGAAGGCAACCUGAAAGCUUGGUUAAGUGCCGCCUUGAGUAACCAAGACACCUGCCUUGAAGGCUUCGAAGGCACAGACCACCACCUUGAGAGCUUCAUCAGAGGAAGCCUGAAACAAGUUACACAACUUAUCGGCAAUGUUCUAGCUAUGUACACUCAAUUACAUAGCUUGCCCUUCCGACCACCUCGAAACAGCACUACAACAAACACAAGCUCAGAGUUCCCAGAGUGGAUAACUGAUGGUGAUCAAGAGCUCCUACGAACUAACCCUCGUGGCAUGCAUGUAGAUGCCAUUGUGUCAUUAGAUGGGAGCAGCCAUUAUCAGACAAUCACAGAUGCUAUCAAUGCUGCUCCGAGUUACAGUAACAGGAGGUACAUCAUUUAUGUGAAGAAGGGACUUUACAAGGAGAACAUUGACAUGAAGAAGAAAAAAACCAAUAUUAUGCUGGUUGGGGAUGGUAUUGGACAAACUGUUGUGACAGGAAACAGGAAUUUCAUGCAAGGAUGGACUACAUUUCGAACUGCAACCGUUGCUGUGUCUGGAAAAGGAUUUAUAGCAAGAGACAUGACAUUCCGCAACACAGCCGAACCCCAGAAUCACCAGGCGGUGGCUCUCCGAGUGGAUUCUGAUCAGUCCGCCUUCUAUCGUUGCAGCAUGGAAGGCCACCAGGACACCCUCUACAUUCACUCCCUCCGCCAAUUCUACCGUGAAUGCCACAUCUAUGGGACCAUAGACUUCAUUUUCGGAAAUGGUGCAGCCGUCCUCCAGAACUGCAAGAUAUUCACUCGAGUCCCCUUACCACUUCAGAAGGUUACCAUCACUGCUCAGGGAAGGAAAAACCCGAAUCAGAGCACCGGGUUUUCGAUUCAGAACAGCUACAUUCUUGCCACCCAACCAACCUAUUUAGGCAGGCCAUGGAAGCAGUAUUCCAGGACCGUUUUUAUGAACACUUACAUGAGUGGUUUGGUGCAGCCUAGAGGGUGGCUCGAGUGGUAUGGAGACUUUGCAUUGAACACACUUUGGUACGGUGAGUACAGGAAUUACGGCCCUGGUGCAUCAUUAUCCGGACGGGUGAAAUGGCCAGGUUACCACAUUAUCCAAGAUGCUUCCACCGCAAAUUUCUUCACCGUUGGUAGGUUCAUUGACGGUCGGUCAUGGUUGCCGGCAACCGGUGUCAAGUUCACUGACGGUUUGAGCAAUUAGGAGACUAGCUAUAUACCCUAUACUCUAAACUAAAUUUUCCAGUUGGUUGUACUCAUUUACACCCUCCAACACUUUGAGGAUCCGAUCUCUGGCAGCUUCAUUAUGUGUAAUUGAUUCGAUUUCAUUAUUAGAACCAGUUACCAUUUGAUAGAUUGGUUUUAGCUUUGUCUGGAGGUUGCUUUUAAAAGCUUGAAAAAUAUAUUGGUGAUUCUGAUAAA